AUGAUAGGGUUAAGACGAUGUUUAAUUGGAUUAAGACCGACAGCCAAAAUAAAAAGGUUUCCCAAUAUAACAUCUCAUCUAUCUAGGAGUGUUCAAUUAUCAAGACGUAAUAUUUCUGCCACUACAAGAAAUAAUGGAUUAAGUUUAUUGAAGAAUAACAAUACAAAAAUACAUGUUGGUAUCCUGCCAAUUAGAAGAUUUUAUUCUAAUGCAAAUAAUAGUGAUGCUAAUGCAAAUUCGAAUGAUGGUACCAAAUCGAAUAGUACAAAUACCAAAGGUAAAACGCGAGAAGAUAUUUAUAAUCUUUUUAAACUAGCAAAACCUGAGAAAUGGUAUAUAAUCGCAUCGAUGGGUUUAAUCUUUAUCACUAGUGCUGUGAGUAUGCUAGUUCCCAGUGUUAUUGGUAAAUUAUUAGAUAUUUCUACAGGAAUUGAAUUUGCAUCCAAUAAGGAUGAGAAUGAUGAAUCAUCUAAAGAGGAUAAAAAUGAGAAUGAAAAUGAGAAUGAAAACAAACAAACAUUAAUUUAUGGAUAUACACCUUUAGUGUUUUUCAGUGGAUUAGGUGUCAUCUUUGUUGUUGGUGCCAUUGCUAAUACCGGUAGAAUCAUUAUCUUAAAAUUGACAGGUGAAAGAAUUGUAGCUAGGUUACGUACACGUACUAUGAAGAAUAUUUUGAAACAAGAUGGUAAAUUUCAAGAUUCCAAUAAAGUCGGGGAUUUGAUUAGUCGAUUAUCUAGCGAUUCAUCAAUUGUAUCUAAUGCAGUGACUAGAAAUGUUUCUGAUGGUGCCAGAGCAGUGAUCCAAGGGUGCGUAGGUGUUGGUAUGAUGAGUUUUAUAUCUUUGAAAUUAAGUGGUGUCAUGCUAUUUAUGGUUCCACCAAUUGGUGUAUUAGCCAUGAUUUAUGGUAGAAAGAUUCGUAACAUCUCCAAGAAGUUACAAGAGAGUGUGGGUAGUCUAACAAAAAUCUCUGAAGAACAAUUAAAUGGGACAAGAACGAUUCAAAGUUAUGUGGGUGAAAAAUUAGAAAUCCACAAAUACGCUAAAGAAGUUCGCAAAGUGUAUCAUGUUGGAUUAAAUGAAGCUGUUGCCUCUGGGCUUUUCUUUGGUGUUACAGGGUUAAUCGGUAAUGGUGCCAUGCUAUCGUUAUUAUAUGUGGGUUGUAAUAUGAUUUCAAAUGGUACAUUGAGUAUCGGUGGAUUAAGUAGUUUCAUGAUGUAUGCUGUGUAUACAGGCAGUUCAUUAUUUGGGCUAUCUAGUUUCUAUUCAGAAAUCAUGAAAGGCAGUGGUGCCGCGAGUAGAAUAUUUGAAAUUAAUAAAUACGUUCCAGAUAUUAAUGCCACAAAGGGGAUUGAUCCAAUAUCCUUUCAGGAUAAACCAAUAGAGUUUGAACACAUUAAAUUUGCAUACCCAACCCGUUCUGGCCAUAUGAUUUUCCAAGAUUUAAAUAUCAAGAUCAAUCCGGGCGAGCACGUUUGUAUAAUUGGUCCCUCUGGGUCUGGUAAAUCUACUAUAAGUAGUUUACUGCUGAGAUAUUACGAUCCCUUAGCCGGGACCAUCUCUAUCGGGGGGAAAGAUAUUAAAGAAUACAGUUUAAGAAAAUACAGGAAACUAAUGGGUGUAGUUCAUCAAGAACCCGUAUUGUUUAACGGUACAAUAUUAGAGAAUAUCCUUUACAAUGUCCCCGAAGAAAUCGCCAACGAUAAAGAAAGAUUAUCAAAUGCCAUUGAAUCAUCCAAUUGUAACAAGUUCCUAAAUACUUUACCCUUGGGAUUGGAAACACCCGUAGGUCCAAGAGGUACUCAACUAUCUGGUGGCCAAAAGCAACGUGUAGCUUUAGCAAGAGCAUUUCUACUAGAACCUACGUUAUUAGUUCUAGACGAAGCUACAAGUGCCUUAGAUCCACGUAGUGAGUCUAUAGUGGCCCAAACCUUGAAACAAAGAUGUGCCAAAGGUUUCACUACAAUAUCGAUUGCUCACCGUGUGUCCACUAUAAAACAUAGUUCCAGAGUAGUGGUAUUAGAUAAGGUUGGCCAUGUGGUAGAGACUGGUCCUUAUGAAGAAUUGCUCGGUAUAAAGGAUUCUGCCUUAAACAAAUUGUUACUGUCACAAAACGUUGAAGCAUAA